UUGCUCAUUGUCACAAUGGCAACACCAUUAGACUACCAAAGCCCAGAUAGAAAAUCUCAUGCACUUGCUUGCAUUCACGAAAGUAUUCGGGCAUUCAUCAGAUGUGUUAGAAGGAAUUCACAAGGCUAAAUGUAAAAUCACUGGAUCUCAAUGUUGGUAACAUGGACCAAUACGAUGCAACUAUCAUAAUGUCUGAAAUUUCGCAAGUCUUGAAUGUCAAGGGUCAUGCUGAAUUCGAAAGCCUUCAUAGACGAUUGUAUGGACAGACGUUUCAAAAGGAAACCGACUCAACACCGCCAUUUAGACUGGACAGGAAGAUGGCCAGUCUGGACACUGUACUCUAUUCAACUUCGUCCGAAGAAAUAUCACAGCCUUUCUUUACAAUGUCAAGAAACAUGCAAGAAAGGGGCAAAGAUGACAUUUUGCUUUCUGCACAGUGUGUAGCAGUUCACUCUAAAUUCCUGUCUGAACAAGUUCUGUAUCCUCUUGACAAUGGAGGCUACAUGGGAACCAGCAAGGGAAAUCCUGUAGUUACAUUUGAAUCAACUGGCUUUGCACACGGAAAAAGCAGAAGAAAGAUGUACAUUGCCUGCUAUCCACAACAGGUGAGAUAUGAACACUAUGUCCCAAUGAAAUUUGCACUGAAUGUCAAACACUUAGGAGGUCAUUUUGAGACAGGAUUUAUGCUGAAGCUGUACUGUCUAUGGCGAAUGUGUGGUGAGUGCAGCAUGAAAGAUGUGGUUAUACUCUACUCACACCAAACAAGGAAAUAUGCAGAAGCGAUGGAAAUCAUAUUGUUGUCAAAACAAACCAGGACAGUUUCUUUACUGACUCCAGAAGAAAUACCAAGCCACAAAGGACAUCAUGUUCUCAUAUCAACUACUCAAAUUACAACAGAACUAGCACAACAGAUUGUCCUUGCAUGGGACUGUCUUGAACAGCUUAUAUCCUUAGAGAAGCUGAUAUCACUCAAAGUGAUAAAUUUGCUAAAGUCUGUAAAGCCAAGACUGAAUAUAGCAAUUGUCAGGACCCAAGAGUUCCUAGCCUUCUGUCAAAUGGAUGAACAUAUUCCAAAGCUAUACACAUGGAUAAAGAAAAAUAAACAGAAUAUCACAAAGAUAUGCAUUUCAUUCAGGGACUGCAACGACAUUGCCUUGAAACACCACCAUAGUGCUCCUAUUAACAUAGCAGAAGUCCUAGGAACAUGGGAGUUCAACAUGCAAGAGAACAGCAGCGUCACCACAACACAGUUAAAGGUCCCUGAGAUUCUCUUGUUUGACAGGAAGGGAAUGUACCUUGUUGUGGGUGGAAUGACAGGACUAGGAUGGGAAUGUGUCUUGUAUCUUGCAUCCAAAGGUGCUGGGUGCAUUACUAUUAUCAGCAGACGUAAUCCAGAUCCAAACAAACAAGAUGAAAUGAAGCAUUUGUCCGAGAUGUAUGGAUGCAUUGUAACAUCACAGUCAGCUGAUGUUCAAGAUAUCAAAGAAAUAGGAUCAGCUUUGAAGAAGCUCGGAACCCGUUUCCCUGCCUAUACUCUGAAAGGAAUUUUCUUUGGAGCUGCUGUUCUGAAAGAUGCACUUCUUCUGGAAAUGACGAGAGACAAGUUCAAGACAGCGUCUUCUCCCAAGGUUGCUGGAUCCUGGAACCUGCAUAUCCUGACAGAGCAUCUCCCACUGGACUAUUUUGUGCUGUUUUCAUCAGUAACAUCUCUCUUUGGAAAUGCUGGACAGGCAAACUAUGGUGCUGGAAAUGGAUUCAUGGAUGCCCUAGCCCAUGUCAGGAGGCAAAAUGGCAAGUGUGGUCAGACUGUAAACUGGGGUCCUCUGAAUAUGGGCAUGCUGCAAGAAAGACUUUUAAAACAAAUGGAAUCGUAUGGAUACUUUCUGAUACACAAGAGAAGUAUACCUGACUGCCUCACACACAUCCUUAUGUUGAAUAAGCCACAGAUCAUUAUGUGCGGUCUCGAGUUGGUAAAAUUUGGACCAAGCCUUCAAAGAGAGAACAAUGUGGAACUGGAGUCUCGAUUUAGAUCGGUCUUGUAUCCAUUUAAGGCAGCAGUGUCUUCAGCUGCACCUAGUAAUGUGGAAACAUUUGACUUUGAGGAAAUGAAGAAAAUGUCAAAGGAAAAUGUUCUAGCCAAACUUGUGAAGUACGUGAAGACUGUGGUUAUUGAUGUAGCUAUGCUUGACGAAUCCUCUCUAGAUGUGGAGCAGGGAACCAGAGAUCAGGGAGUUGACUCAAUGAAUUUCAUGCAAAUUACUGGGAAAAUCAUGGAUGACACACACGUUCAGCUAUCAUCAACAAAAUUGAAUGUUGAAAACGCAUCGGUGACUCAAAUCUCACAGUACAUUUAUGAUGACUGGAUGAUCAAAGGGAAUGGUGAUGAGAAACAUGAGCAGUCUCUUCCAGUCAAAGAUUCAUCAGAAUCUGACUCAGUUCUUCUCCCAGGAGAACAGUUUGUUUUUGACAACUACAUGAGAGAUCCAAACCAUAUAUCACAUUUAUUGAUUGCGGAAGUGGAAUUGCCUGAUGUUUUAGAGCCAACGUCUAUCAAGAAAAUGCUCCAGGAAAACGUCAGACGACACCCAAUCUGCAGGACAACUUUUCAUGAUGUGAAUGGAGAAGCAAGAAAAUCAAUACUGAGUGCUGGGGCUGAUAUUGACUACAGGAUAGGUGAUCUGACAAACCAUCCUGACGUAACACGUCUCACAGAGGAACGGUUUUAUCUUGACCGCCAAGGGCCAAUACGAUUUGUCUUUGUGAAAGGAAAUCCCCCACAUCUCAUCAUUAUCUUUCACAGAAUUGGCUUUGACCACCAUGGAAUUACAGUCUUCGUAAAUGACUUCAUGAAUAUAGGUCAAGCUUUCUCACAGGGACAGUCUCUGGGCGAUGUACAAAGUUCUCCAGAUAUGUCCAUUGGUCCAGAAAUAAGGACAAUCCUUCAACCAAGAUAUGAACACAUUAAGGAAUUUUGGAAAAAAACACUUGAAACAGUUCCAUACAUUUCCUUUGCAGAUAAGGCCGUGUCAUCCACACCACAAAUGGACAGUAUAAGUGAAACGAUAUGCGAGGUGACUUUGGUGCCACUGUUCGGGUGAAAGCAUUGUUUGGCCCUAACACAGAACUUUAUUUUGACAUCCUCAACAGGAAAAUGUCCAAGACAAUAGCCAUUGUCUUGUAUGCCCGGAAAGAUUGUUUCACAGAGAAACGCAUUCAUAUGAUCCUCAACGCAUUUUUGGGCUUACUUGAAGACACUGUAGCAAAUCCACAGAUUACAGUCCGGACACUACACUCUAAACCAUACAUCACACAACUUCAAGACAAGAAAACUCGUUUCUGACUAAGUACUUCAAUCAAUAUGUGACGUUGUAGCAUAUACUAUAGAGAUUGACUACAUUGUUAGUUCAUUGUUUUCUCUCACAUCAAUAAUGCUGGCGUUUACUUUGUGAAAGAAUAGCGAUGCUGCUAAUGCAUGGGUAUAUUUUACUACGAUGUUGAAAGAGAGUGGAUAGAAAGUGUCAAACAGUCACAGAUGGGUAAGACCCACCAAAGAAAACGGAUAUAUACACGCUGAAAGUGUAUUUACUUCAUGUUCGUUAAUGUCAUGGAAUUAAUAUCAAGUGAGGUAAGAAACUCACAUAUGUACUUUUUCCUAUGUAUUUUUGCUAAUAGGUGUUCAGCUGGAUCUGUACUAUGACAUGAAUAUUAUUGUACACAUUUGUAUUAUAGCUAUGUUAUGUAUCACGAUUGUAGCCUUGAACAAACAAACAUACAUGCAUGCUCACGCACGCAGGCACAUACAUGCAUGCAUGCAUACAUACAUACAUACAUACAUACAUACAUACAUACAUACAUACAUACAUACAUACAUACAUACAUACAUACAUACAUACAUACAUACAUACUAGUCUAUGUCUACGUCUAGUAUCUUGAAUAUUAUACAGGACACUCUUAUUUCAUAUUGUCUUCUCGUGUACAUGAUAUAUUUUGAACACAAAAUGUUUGUAUGUCCUACAUCAGAUGGAGAUUUUUGUAAACACAAAUAUGUUCUUAUUUUAUGACUAUUUUCAUAUACUUCUACUUACAUGUGGAAGGUGGUGUCUCAAAUCUAAACAUAUACAUAACCUUCUCGUCAAUGUUUAUGAUAUCCUGACAGAGCAGAGAUAUGGAGUGUAAUGUGUCAUUUUGAAAUUGGUGGUAUCACAAGUGGUAUCACAAGCAGACGAAAGUCACUUUGGAAGUAUAUUGACUUUGUGUGCAUUCACUAACGUAGAAACUCAGGUAUGCUAUGUCAACAAAGUCUAAGAUAAUAACUGAAUUAAACUGUGGAUACUGCUCACACUUGCAAUGGAGCUAUACUUUAUAUCUUGGUUUAGUUAGUCAAACAUAUACAUUAUGGUUUCAAACAUGCAACGGGUGAAUGGCAAACUUGCACUUUCCGUGU